UUUACAAGCGAAAAGAAAUAUAUUGUAAAUAAAUGAAACUUCUUGAAUUUUAAAUUGCAAUUUUCCAAACUACCACUGUUACGUAAUUAAGACAAAGUUUAGCUAUUAAAUAACAAUGUACUGUUAAUUUACAUUAGAAAUGGAGUUUGAUGAUGUGAUUGUAAAGGAGAAUCCGGGACUAUGCCGGUGUUGUCUUUCAGAAGGAUGCUACAAGGAAUUGGCCACUGAAUACAUUUGGAUGGGAGAAAAUGAGGUCUAUGCUGAUAUGUUGUUGGAAUGUUUUGAUAUAAGCAUAUCACAAAACAAUGAAGGUCCAAAUGGCACAAAUAGGCUUAUAUGUGAAGUUUGUAUCACUAGGCUCAGAGAUGCUUGCAAUUUCAAGAAACAGGUUCUUGAAUGUGAGAAAAAAUUUGUGGAUAUGGUAGGACGAGGUGACUUUAAACAAAGUGUUACAGUGGACAUUCUGUUUGAGGACAAUCUCAAAUUGGAACAAAAUGCAGAAGACCAGUCGCAAGACACAGGAAACUUUGACUUCAUGGAAGAACCAAUGGCGUUUGAUGAUGAGAUUAAUGAUGACGUGACAGCCGAGCCAUUGCCCGUUAAAGGAAAACGUGGGAGACCCAAAAAGUCGAUAAAAACUGUGAAAAAGAAAGAAGAAAAACCCAAGACAUCGAAAGCUAAAGAUGCUACUGAUCCGAGACGGCUGCACCUACUCACACUCAUCAAUAAUACUAGCGUUGUACCGUUUAAGGGCCAAAAUUCUUGUCUAUUUUGUGAUAAAACAUUUGAAUAUGACGAAUUAAAUAAACAUAUAAAAUCACACGCAGCCAAUGUUAUAAUGAAUGCAAACAUACCCGAUGAAGUUAAAGUUGAUAUUUCAGUAACAGUCUGUGAGAAAUGCAAUAUUGUUUUUAAAAAUUAUGAUAAUCUCCGUCAACAUUUGCUUGAUGAGCACGCGUUUGUUGAUUUUAACUUGAAGCCGGUUAAAUUAACUUUAAGUUGCGACAACUGUAAGAAGGUUUUCACGUCUAAGUUAGGCUUGAAAUAUCAUCUAAGUAGGUGCAAAGAUUCCUCUAAUAGAACGAAAGUGAUUAAACAAAAUAUUGCUAUUCUUCUAAACAUGUCUACGGCUCUUCCUUUCAAAUACUUUAUGAAUCGUUUUCGAUGCUUUCACUGUUCUAAGGAUUUUGUACAAUUUGAUUCUCUCAAAGAACAUUCCGUGAAAGAGCAUACGCAUUGCGACUUGAAAUCCAAAUCUAUGAAAUUUCUUAAAGGACGUGAUAUUAGUUUGAAAAUUGAUAUAUCUAAUUUGUCCUGCAAAGUGUGUUCAGCAAACUACACAGACGUACCGCCGCUUAUUGAUCACUUAAUUGCUAAUCAUAAAGCGACCUAUGACAAAACUGUAGAAUAUUUGCAAUCGUUUAAAAUUGAAAAGGAUAGUAUUCCAUGUCCAUUUUGCUCGGACGUGUUCCAGUAUUUCAGAAAACUACUCGAGCAUAUUAAUUUGUUACAUUCUGUGGAGAAUUUUGUUUGCUCUUACUGCGGUCAGACUUUCGGCAAUAAUUAUAACUACCGGGCACACAUAUCGCGAUACCACAGACAAGAUAGUGUCAAGUGUAUCGAGUGUUCCACUGAGUUUCCUACCGUCCACAAACUAUCCCGUCACAAAGCCAGAGUACACGGUGAGAAAAUUUACCAAUGCCAACAGUGUGAUGAUAAAUUCGGGACGCAGUAUCUUCUUAAAAAGCACGCAAUACAAGCGCACAGUUCUGGCCAUAAAUGCCUGUAUUGUAACCGGGUUUUCACUAUAAAUUCGCAUUUGAGAAAUCAUGUACGUCGCCUGCAUUUGAAGGAGAAGAAUUUCGAGUGUAAUAUUUGUUCCGAGAGGUUUUUUGAUAAGCCGCUAUUAAAAACGCAUCUAGUCAAACAUAUUGAUGAAAAUCCGGAAGGCCUAGAGCCUUAUACGUCUGAGAAGAGAAGGAAAAACUUGCAAAUACUCUUCAAUAAUACAACGAUUAUACCAUUUAAAUGGCGAGGAAAAUAUCUGUGUUUCUAUUGUGCUAAUGACUAUACGGAUUACUCAGAUUUAAAGAAACACAUGCAAUCGCACGGCCAAUGCACAACACGAGACUACUCGCUCAAAGCAAUCAAAGGAAAUAGUAUAGAAAUCAAAUUAGACAUAUCGACUAUUGAAUGCGAAAUUUGCAACGAACCAUUUUCGAGUCGAAGUGAAAUAGUCGAUCAUUUGAUAGGAAAACACGAGUUGGAUUACGAUAAGACAAUUGAAACGCCAAUCUCAGAAUUUCGGCUGGUGGAUAUGAAGUGCCAGUACUGUGAAAAGGAUUUUUCUUACUUCGUCUAUUUGAGGAGGCAUUUGAAGCUUGCGCACUCGCAAAAUAGUUUCGUCUGCGACGACUGUGGAGCCACGUUCAACAGUAAACGGGAUUUGGCAUUUCACCUCCACAAUUUCCACAAAUAUGGAGGGUACCCGUGCGACGUGUGCGCAGAUGUUUUCGAUUCCAAGAACGCUUUGAAAAGUCACAAAAACCUAAAUCAUUUCAGAAUGUGUAUAUACUGUAAUGGUAACUUCGCGUCCUUUUCGUUGUUACAAAAGCAUAUCCGGAACGAUCAUUCCCAGUUUAAAAGUAAUAAGUGUCCAUUUUGUUCUAAGAAAUGCCAUUCAAAGCAAGGAGUCGGUCUGCACAUAAAAAAUUGUAAAAUGAAUAUUCAACAAAAGACUCCAGCUAUGCUGCCUUCGGAAAACGCUAUAGAGCCCAAGAAAAAGCAAAAUUUAACCCAAAUUCGACGAAACAUAAUUAACGUGUUAAAUAUGACAUCGGUAGUUCCAUUUAAAUUCUUUGGCAAGUUUUCCUGCUUUUAUUGCUCCUUACGGUUCACGGACUUUGAGGAUCUCAAACAGCAUACGGCGUCCGAACAUCCAUUUUGCGAUUUAAACACGUCCAGUAUAAAAAAAUGCAAAGGAGAACGGACAACUGUCAAAAUUGACAUUUCCUCCCUCUCGUGUAGAAUUUGCAGUCAACCGGCUGAACAAUUCGACGAACUGAUCGAUCAUAUUAUAGCUAAACACAGUGCGUCUUACGAUAAAUCUGUUAUUAGCUUUGAGCCAUUUCGAAUUUAUAUCGACAAAUGUUCUUGCACGCAUUGUUCCAGCGUGUUUCGAUAUUUUACAACUUUACUGCGACACUGCAACUCUGAGCAUAGCAAUACGUGCCACGUGUGUGAUUCUUGCGGGAGGAGUUUUAAAAAGGUAUCAAAUUUAACAGCGCACAUUGCGCAUACGCAUAAAGGCGCUUGCGAGUGUGCUAUAUGCGGUAUUCAGUAUAGGAACCAGUGGUGUUUGAACCGGCAUAACGCUAAAUGUCACAACGCGAAGGACUUCAAGUGUCCCAACUGCCCUGAGCAGUUUCAGUCGCCUUAUCAAAGGCAGAAGCAUCUGAUAAAAGUUCAUGAUAUAGGGCAUAAGUGUAGCUACUGUGGUAGAAUGUUUACGAGGAAUUCGUUCAUGAGGGAUCACAUUAGACGGACCCAUUUGAAGGAGAAGAAUAUGGAAUGUUCAAUUUGUGGGGAGAAAUUUUUUGAUAAUCAUCUUUUGAAGCUUCAUAUGGUGAAACACGAGGGUGUUAGGAAGUUCAGUUGCGCUGUAUGUUGUAAAUCUUUCAUGCGUCGUAGUAAUUUGGCAUCGCACAUGAGCAUGCAUAAGAAAUAUGGGCAUGUUAACGCUGAAUAAAUGUAUAAAGAAGAGAGAAAAGACUUUUUGUAGGUAGCCUCGUUAUUUACAUGUGCACGCCAGUUCGUAAUCGCGUCUUAGACGUGGCGUGCUCUUUUCAUUCUCAAAGGAGCUUACCAAUUUAUAAAAAGCGGGCAACGCUCUUGCGAGUCAUCUGGCAAUAUGAAUCCAUGAGCGGUAGUUUUGAGCUAAGCAACAUAUUUUGCUAUUCAUUAUUAUUUGUAUGCAUUUACGUUACGGGCUUUGCUUUGGUCAGCCAAAAGUUGUCAUAUCAAGGUUUGUUUAAAUUUGUGGGUAGACGAAAAAAAACAGCUUUUGCAACGAAUUUGAAGAUUUAAUUCUCGAUUAUGAGGUAUCUUAUUAAAUAAAUCGAUUUAUGUUGUGUGCUUUAUUUAGUUACAUAAAGGCGAAUAGUUCGCAUCUUUUAAACUACCUUCAACAAAACUCAAUAAUAAAAAUUCUUUGGAAACGUCACUCAGUCUUACAAAGCCAGAACAGAACACAAAUUUGUCCUGUUUAUCACAGUAACCCUUUACUUGAGCUUUUAACAACGAAACUCAUUAAUUUUACAGCUUUCUCAUAUAUUUAUACUAAUAACUGUGUUAAGUCUUAUCUAUUAAAUUUUAGUACGUAAGCGAAAAUGUUUAAUUUAUUU